AGACUGCAUGUACCUUCCCCGUAUUACGUACAAACCAUCUCUAUAUCAUUUCAAAUUCCCCUCCCAACUACUUCACCUUCAUCCACAUCCAAAUCCAAAAUGGCCGCUUCUCACACUAUUUCCCUCAUGCUCACCGUCGCCGCCCUCUGCUGCCUUCUCCCCUCCGCCGCCGCGCAGAAACCAGAUUUAGCCAUCGCAGUCUGCAGAAGCACCAGAGACUUCGCCUUCUGCCGCGCCGCCGUCUACUCCGACCCCCGCGCUCCCGGCGCCGACCGCUACGAGCUCAUCGACAUCAUAUUCCGCGAGGCGUAUCGCAACGCGUCUGACACCAGAGGUUACAUAGCAGGAGAGAUCAAAUCGGGGGCCAACAGCCUGAGGAAAUGCCUCGCAGAUUACGAUAAGGCGGUGGAGAUCCUGGAGGGGGUGCUCAACGAUUUGAAUUCGGAAUCGUAUUACGAUUUGGAUUCGCGGUCUCUAGAUGUGCAGCGCAGGGUGAGCGAUUGCGUGAAGGGAUUGCGGGGGCGCUCGCCACUCACGCAGAGGAACCGAAACAUGCUUAAAUUUGCAAAUAUGUGUUAUGCUGUUUCUAAGCUUUUUUAGUAUCAUCGUUAACUUUGAUUUUCUACUUGUUGUUUCUAGUUUUUUCUUUGCUUUUGUUGGUCGUGAAAAUAAGAGCGUAGAUGGUAUUGUUUGUGGGAUAAGUAUUAGUUUGAGUAUUCUCACAAGUAAAAAACAAGUAGUUUGACUAUUUUUUUCCCAAAA